UUUAUUGAUUUAAAAAAAUAGCACUAAAGAGUAUAACAGUAAAAAGUCUCACUCUUCAGCCCUGUUUCAGAUGACUCAGUCCAGUUUUGUAAUGUAUCUUCUUUAUAACGUAAUUGAGCUCAAACUGUAUAUGCUGUAUUAUAGCUUGCUCCUUUGACUUAACAUAACAUUUUCUGUCAUUACUAACCGUUUGUUAUUUGUACCAUAACACACUGUAAAAACAAAGCAUUAAAUAUGUCAGUAAAUAUUGAAAAGUCCACAGUAGAGAUAACCACUAUUAACUUGGGGACUAUCUCCUUCCACACCUUAUUCUGUAAGUUUACAUGUUUUCUUAAAAUUUCCUGGUAUAUGUUGAGUUGUGCAAAUGUUUGUUUUACCUUCAGAGACACCUAUACAAUAGAUAAGCACUGUAUCUAUUAUGCUGCUGAAAUAGAGAACAAAGGCAAAAGAAAAAAAUUAAAUUUCUUUACAGUUUAGAGCCCAUUGACAAGUCCUUGACACGGGCAGAGUGACCUUCCUGUAGGAGCUCAACCCCCUCGAUGAUGACACUUUGCUAAGGGCAAAAGGCAACCUUAGCUUAACAGUGGCCUCACCUCCAGGAUCCUAACCCCUAGUGAUUUACAGGUAAGUAUGGCCUGCUCUGGAAAACUUGAAAGGACCUACCAUCCUCCGAAUGACAUCUUUGUUGCAAGACCUCUACUUGUCUCAGCUUCAAGUUAGGUUUCAAGGAUGUGUUCCCGAUUGGAGGUGAAACCAUGAAAGGAAAACAGAACGAAUAAUAAUGCUUUUCCGCAAUCGCUUCUUGCUGCUGCUGGCCCUGGCUGCCCUGCUGGCCUUUGUGAGCCUCAGCCUGCAGUUUUUCCACCUGACCCCGGUCUCCACAGCUAAGAAUGGAGUGAGUAGCAAGAGUCGAAAGAGAAUCAUGCCUGACCCAGUGACUGAGCCUCCCGUGAUGGACCCCGUUUACGAAGCUCUUUUGUACUGCAACAUCCCCAGUGUGGCUGAGCGCAGCAUGGAAGGUCACGCCCCGCAUCAUUUUAAGCUGGUCUCCGUGCAUGUGUUCAUUCGACACGGGGACAGGUACCCGCUGUAUGUCAUUCCCAAAACGAAGCGACCAGAAAUUGACUGCACUCUGCUGGCUAACAGGAAACCGUAUCACCCUAAACUGGAAGCUUUCGUUAGUCACAUGUCAAAAGGAUCCGGAGCCUCUUUCGAAAGCCCCCUGCACUCCCUGCCGCUUUACCCCAAUCACGCACUGUGUGAGAUGGGCGAGCUCACGCAGACAGGAGUCGUGCAGCAUUUGCAGAAUGGCCAGCUGCUGAGGGACAUCUAUCUAAAGAAACACAAACUCCUGCCGAAUAACUGGUCCACAGACCAACUUUACUUGGAGACCACUGGGAAAAGCCGGACGCUCCAGAGUGGGCUGGCCUUGCUUUAUGGUUUUCUCCCCGAUUUUGACUGGAAGAAGAUUCAUUUUAGGCACCAGCCAAGUGCUCUCUUCUGCUCCGGAAACUGCUAUUGUCCCCUGAGAAACCAGUAUCUGGAAAAGGAACAGCGUCGCCAAUACCUCUUACGUUUGAAAAACAGCCAGCUGGAGAGGACCUACGAGGACAUGGCCAGGAUCGUGGAUGUCCCCACCAAACAGCUUCGAGCGGCCAACCCCAUAGACUCCAUGCUCUGCCACUUCUGCCACAACGUCAGCUUCCCGUGCACCAGAAAUGGCUGUAUUGACAUGGAGCACUUCAAGGUGAUCAAGACACAUCAGAUAGAGGACGAGAGAGAGAGGCGGGAGAAGAAACUGUAUCUGGGCUAUGCACUCCUGGGCGCCCACCCCAUCCUCAAUCAGACCGUCACCCGGAUGCAGCAUGCCGUGGAGGGCAGGAAAGAAGAGGUCUUCGCCCUCUACUCUGCUCACGAUGUCACCCUGUCACCAGUUCUCAGUGCCUUGGGCCUUAUGGAAGCCAGAUUCCCAAGGUUUGCAGCCAGGUUGAUCUUUGAGCUCUGGCAAGACAGAGAAAAGCCCAGUGAGCAUUCUGUCCGGAUUCUUUAUAAUGGUGUUGAUGUCACGUUCCACACCUCUUUUUGCCAGGACCACCACAAGCAUUCUUCCAAGCCCAUGUGCCCCCUAGAAAACCUAGUCCGCUUUGUCAAAAGGGACAUGUUUGUGGGCCUGGGGAGUAGUACUAGUACUAAUUAUUAUGAUGCAUGUCACAGGGAAGGAUUCUAAAAGGUGAGCAGCACAGUGCUCAUAGAAUCUAUGCCAAUAGAGAGGGAUGGGAAGGGUCCGCUUCUAGUUCUGUCUGUUGCCAAGGGUUUAAGAUUAUUGAUUUAUAAAGGCUAGAAAUUGUG